AUGGGGUUCGCCGGAGUCGCGUUUCAGUCGCGCGCGGCAGCGCUGGCGGAGCUGCAGCACUGCCCGCAGUUCCACGACGCAAUUCUGACGCUCCCCGACGGCGCCAUGUUCUCCGCGCCCGCGUGCCUCCUCUACGCGCGCAGCAAGUGGUUCCGCCGCGCGUGGGAGGACGCGCCGGGGAGCGGCUUCGGGAAGUGCGUGGAGAUCACGAUUCCGCCUGUGCCCGGCGGAACGGAUGCGUUCGAGAGCAUUCUACAGUACUGCUACGGGCUGCCUGUUAACGCGGAUGCUACUAACGCGUUGCAGCUGCUGUGCUGCGCAGCGUUCUUCGAGAUGUGUGAGGGGAGCGAGGAGGAUUCGUUGCAGCGACAGGCGUGGAGGUACAUUAACGAGUAUGUUCUUAACGAGUGGGAGGACAGCCUGCGGCUGCUGGAGACAGUAGCGAGGGACGAGCUUGUAAUGAGGGAGGCGCUGAAGCUGGACCUCCCGCUGCACGCGUCAGCAUGCGUGGCAGGCACGUGCACCUCCCCGUCCACCCACACCCGCACGCCUGCUCACUCUAUUCGCUUCCCCCCACCACCCCUCUCGCCCUCCCCUUCCCGUCCCGCCUCCCCCUUUCCCCCCUCACUCGUCUCUGCGCUUUACCCCCUUCAUCUUUUCAUGCACGCCAUGCUGUCGGGCCCCUUCGACGACCCCACGCGCAUGGCGGCGCUGCACCACCUGCUGGCGCGCCUGGCGGCCCUGCCCGCGCCCGUGCUGUCAUGCGUGCUGCAGGCGUGCCGGCAGGCCAGUGUGAGCUUCGUGCGCAUCGGCAACUACCUCGCCGCCCACUCCCACUCCUGCCUCUUCCAACACAUCCCCUCCCUCGCUGCCGCUGCCGCCGCUGCCGCCGCUGCUGCUGCUGCUGCUGCUGCUGCUGCUGCUGCUGCUGCUGCUGCUGCUGCUGCUGCUGCUGCUGGUGAUGUUGCAGCAGAAAAAGAGGCAGCCGCAGCAGGGGCAGGGUCAGGAUCAGGAGGUGGGGAAGCAGCUUCGUCGGCUGGGCGUUCAAGUAGUGGUGGUGCCGAGAGGAGGGUGGCGAGCGGAGGGGGAGGGGGAUACAAGGUGGUGUGUGGCGAGGAGGCAGCGGAGGAGGCAGAGGAGAGGGAGGAGGUGGGGCGGGCGAUGCUGUUUGAGUAUGCGUGCAGUGAGGCGCUGGAACAUGCUGCAGCACUGCAGGAGCUGCACCACCGCCCGCCAGCAGCAGCAGCCGCAGCGGGAGGAGGAGGCGUGGGCGUGGAAGGCGGGGCAUCAGCGGCAGCGGCAGCACAGCAGCAGCAGGCGUUGAGGCGGCAGCAGCAGGGGGGGCUGAGGUCCAGCACGCGCUACAUGCCGUCAGUGCAGUACCUCAUCGUGCUGCUCAAGCACUGUGUCACUCUACAGGAAGGUCAUGCACUCACGGAUGCUCACGGGCAGGGGCAGGCCGGUCAAGUGGACGGUGUUGGUAAGACGAGAAGCUCAGCCUCGUUACAAGGGGACUCGAUACAAGGAAAAGAAGGGCCGAGACAUGCGGUGAACAGCAAGGGCGUUCAAAGGGCAUCGUCCGUGCAGCGUGUGGGAGGCAGGGGCGUGAGGGGGGGUGCAGGCGCUGUGAGCACGGGGCUGAGGGAAACCAAGAGCGACAGCGACGUGGCCUCCAGUGAGCGCGCGAGUGCGGGCAGCAAGGGCGAGGCCAUGGGGGAGAGCGUGCGAGCGGGCGUGGGGCGGCGCAAGGAGCUGCUGUUCACACGGCUGGCGCACCGCCUGACGGCCAUGCCCACGGCGCUGUCCCUGGCGGACCUCGUCUUCCUCGGCCCCGCCACCAGCCUGCUGCUCCUCCACUCCCUCCGCGACGCCUCCGUCUCCGCUGCCCCGCACCCCGCCCUCCCACCCCUGCCCCCCCAUGCUGGAGGAGCCCUGCCCCCGCUGCCAUCGCACCCACAGCCGGCGCCCACCAGCACCACUAAUGGCACUAGCACCAGCAUCACCAGCAGCGGCGGCAGCGGGCGGCGUGUGCCUGUGCGGGUGGUGGGAUCCCCUGCAGCGGCGCUGGGUGGCGAUCUGGUGUGCGACUACGUGCACUACCUGGCAGCGCGCAUGACGCACCAAUCACAGCACCACACGUGGCUGCCCUUCCUGCGCCUCUGCCCCGCAUGGCCCGGCCUCUCCAGCUUUCUCAUCGACCUCAUUGCUCUUCUGAACCUGCUCUUCCCCGACUGCCGCCUCCUCCCCCCCGUGCCCGAGCUCUGGAGCAUGGUGGACGUCAGCGCCCUCUCUGAUGAAAAGCUCGCUCUUGCUGGCAAGAUGUGCUGCGAGGAGGGGGUCCGUCCACCUGUGGAACCUGGACACCGGUGUCUUACUCCCCUCGCCCUAUCAACUCUCUCGCCCUCGCCUUCCGCCUUCCCACCCUCCCACCCAACCCCCAUGCCUUCCUUCCCCCACCAGGGCAUGGCAUCACACCCAUGCCCCUGGGAGACGCUACAGCAGCGUGGGCUGGAGGCGGACAUGGUGGUGGACAUCGAUGGGGUCACAUGGCCGCUGCACCGCCACGUGCUGCUCCCGCACUGCCCCCUCAUCCACUCCCUCCUCCCUGCCGCUGCUGCCGCCGCCACUGCCAGCGCGCCUGAGGACGACCACGACUUGAUGCCGCUGACCCCCCUGGCGCUGGGCACGGGGCUGCCCAUCGUGGCGCUCACCGGCUUCCCCGGGGGUCCGCGCGCCUUCAGCAUCAUCGCCCGCUGGUGCUACGGCUCGCGCCCCAACCUCUCGCCCAGCCAGGCCGCUGCUGUGAUCUUUGCUGCGCGCUUCCUCGCUUCAUCUCCAUGCCUCAACUGCUUCUUGAGCGAUAGCAUCAUCAUGGGUCAUACCUGCAUGCCAUUCUCUCCCUCCGCCCACCCUCCUCUGCAUCCCUGCGCCACGCCCCCCCAUCCGCCCAUGGUGGGUGCGCACAGCAUGGACGACCGCGGCAGUGACGCAUUGAUCCCGGUGGCGGUGCGGGCGGUGAAGGGCGGGUUGGCGGAGGGGUGGCAGGCGUGUUUUGACAUCCUGGAGCGCUGCUACCAUGACCAGGUGCUGGAUGCGCUGGUGGUGGAGUUCAGCCUCAACCGCCACUUCGUUGACUCCGCCUGCAGUGAGUGCUGCUGUGGGGGCGUGGAAAUGCGUGCAGUGAGUGCUGCUGUGGGGGCGUGGAAAUGCGUGCAGUCGAGUCCCUCUCACCGCUCUUCUCCCCUCACCGCACCCCCACCACCCGCCACAGGCACCAUACUGAAGCUGGAGUCGAAGCUGGUGGGGGACGGGCGGUGGGGCAACGACGACUGGGCCACGGUGAACCGGCUGUUGGAGGGCAUGAGCAAGCUGCCGCCCGACAUCAGCCGCCGCGUGGUGCAGCAGCUGUGGGACCUGCGCUGCUCCCUCUGGGCCUCCGUGUGCCCCGCGCCCUGCUCUCACUCCAACCCCGGGGACAAGGACGAGCACCCGGGCAUCAGGGCCAUGGCGACGGUGGGGAGCUUCCUGCUGGCCAUCACUCUGCUGAGUAAGAUGGAGUGGCGGAAGCAGCAGGAGGAAGAGGAGGAGAAGAAGGCGAAGAAAGGUGGGCAAGGAUUGGCUGGUAGCAGCAGCAGCAGCCCAGCCCAAGCAGGGAAUUCUCCAUCGGCCCAGGCGCCCAGCAGCGGCAGCAGCAGGGUGCGGGGCCGCGCACAGCCGCCAUACGACAACAUUCUCUGGAUGCUGCGAGUGCUCAAGCUCUUCAUCUCGCCGCCCUUCGACCGCCCCAUCCUGCUCGUGCUCAGCAACAACAUGCCUCUCCUGGAAGUGCAGCACCUGCACUUCCUCGACCUCCCCUCCUGUCUCGCCCUCCUCACACUCGUCUCCGCCGCCCCCCGCCAAGACUCCAACCUCGUCGCCGCCGCAGACCUCCUCGACGCGUACCUCACAACAGCGGGCACCAAGCGCAACCCGCCGCUCAGCCCGGAGGAUUUCCGCGCGCUCGUCACUCGCCUGCCCCCGGAGGCACGGCCGACGCACGACGGGGUGUUUGAGGCGGUGUGUGCGUUCGCGGAGGCGGACCCGCGCCCCACCACGUGGAACCUGCUCGCGCUCGUCGACUGCGCCCGCCUCACCCCGCGCUGUCUGCGCCUCGCGGCGUCGGCGGCGGCGUCGAUGGAGUUUGGGCAGUCGGCCGUGGCGGGGUUUUGGUGGUGUGGCCGCGGGAUGGCGGGGCUCGGCGACGACGACGAAUGGGACGAUGACGUUCCGCUUGGCGGUUCUUUCCGCGAUCCCGCCACAACCCCCGCGCAUUCCGCCGCGCGGAUUCCUCCCACAGGGUUCAACGCAGGCGGAAGAGGCGUUGGCGGAAGGGGGGCUGGCGGAAGGGGGAGCAUGGACGGCGCGCGGGGGCAAGGUAGGUUCCGCGGAAUGCUUCCCGCUAUUCCGCCGAAUCCGCUUCAGGGGGGAUCGCCGUUUCCCCGUCCACCUGCUGGUUCCGGCAGCACGGGCCACUCAAGCCAACGCGCCCCCCCUGCCCAUCCUGCCGGCCAUGCUGAUAAAAUUAGGGUUGGGGGAAUGGACGAGUAUAGGGGUGGCCUAGGGGGAUUAAGCGGGUUGGUGGGCGGGGGGGAACGGAGAGGGGAUGGCAGGGUAGGCGGGAGAGCUGUUGACGUGGGCGGAGGCUUGCCAGGUGAUUGGGAGGGGGAGCAGCAGGAAAAACGCUAUAAUUCGUUUCAUCAGCAGCAGCAGCAGCAGCAGUCAGAGUAUAUGGAGGAGGGCGAGGAGGAGGAAGGGGAAGAGGCGGAGGGGGAAGGGGGGGACGAGUCCGAGGAGGAUGUUCCGCUCAACCAGCGCAGGGGGGGCGCGCAGCACAGCGCGGAGGGAGGCGAGGGGGGGGCGCUGGCCGGCAGAGGCGCAGCGGGGGGAGUGCCUGCUCCAAGGGGGGGCGCUGGGCGCGGGAGGGGGCGGGGAAGAGGACGAGGAGGGGGAAGAGGGGGCUUGGGGGGAAGGGGAGGCUGGGAGAGCUUGGGGGGCGCGGCUGUUGCUCCCCUAAAGCGCAAGUCGAGUGGCCCGCUGCCUCCCCCGCCACACCCAUCCGUGCGCCAGCAGCAGGGGCUUCUUGAAAACGAGGAUGCUUAUAACGGAGAUGGAGUGCACGCAGGUGACUCUAUAGCGAGUGAAAGCGCCCCUGGCAGGCACUCCGGCAGCCCGGGGAAGGCGCUGGGGAGAGGACGGGGGCGGGGCAGGGGCAGGGGGAGGGGCAGGCUUGGGGGAAGGCCAGUGGAGGAGGGGGAUGCGGGAGAACAAGCAGGAGAUUUGGGGGGAGAGGGAGGGAGUGACCUGCUUGGGGGGAGUGGUGUUCUGCAUGGCGGGCGGUAUAACGAGUCUCCAGCGGUGGAGAGAGAGGAGGUUCCAGGGCGGCUGCGCCUGACUGAGGAGGCGCACUCGCCCUUCCCCCUGCUGCCCCCGCCCCCCACCCCUCCUGCUGCAGAACCAGCAGCAGAGACAGGCACAGGCCGCGGGCACACCCUAAAGCAGCAGCGGCAGGAAGAGGUGCAGCAGGAGGGGCAGGAGCAGAAGGGCAAGGGGGCAUGCGACACGGCUUCAAGUCUGGCUGCUCGCUUCGCUGCAGCCAUGAGCGCCGCUGCUGCUGGGGAGGGGUCGCUGGCGGACGAGGCAGCUGCCAUUGCUGCUGCUCUGCCUGCUCCACGCGUGUGGGACCAGACGAGCCUGGACAGGAUCUCGACCGUUGAUCGCGAGGAGAGGAUCCGACGGCUGGAGUCGCAGUGCAUGGACGAGUGUGUGCAGCUGUGCCGCGACCUCAUCGUGCGCCAACGCCUCUGGCACCAGGACAUAGUGGAUGCGGGCAAGCCGCUGCCACCCGUCAAGCUCUUCCCCAUUGUGCCUCCCCUCGACCUUCUCGACUCCGUGAGCCCGCCUGCGCUCCCUCGCCUCCACUUCGACUCGCUCCUCCCGCUCCUCCCCCCCGCCAUGCAACUUGCUGCGGGGGCAACCGCGGCUGCUGGUGCUCCUGGUGGUGGGGGGAGGGGAGUGAAAGGGGAGGCAGGGGCAGGUGUGGGGGCGGGCAGUACAGGGGGGCGGGGAGGGCGGGGCAGAGGAGGGCGAGGGAGAGGGCGAGGGGGGAGGGGAAUGAAGCCGGCGGGCUGGGAUGCUGAGCCUUCCGCUGCCGCGUGUGGUGGUGGCGAGUCAGCAGGAGGGGGGGCGGUGGUGGCGGUUUCAAGGGCGAAGCCAGAGGCGGGCGACACGGAGUGGGAGGAGGAUGCACCAUUGGGGAGGCAGCAGCAGCAGGGGGGGGUGAAGAGGCCGCUGGGGCAGCACGGAGGAGCUCCUGUGGUGGCUCGGCCGAAGCAGAUGGUUCGGCGGAUGCUGGUGUGGCGGGCGAAUGAGCGCGAGGCACUGAGAAAGGCCCUGCUCGCGUUCGGGUUGACCCGACCCUCCAUGGUAAGCAAGGGGGAGGGAAGAAAGGAGUGGGGGCUUGUGCGUGCUGUGAGUGGUCGGUCCCAGUCACCGCACCACCACGCCCUUCCGCCUCCGUUCUGCCGCCAACACCCUCCGCCUUCCACCCUCUCCUCUCCGCUCUCCCUCACACACCCUGCACCUCGUGCCCUCCCCCCACCUGUGCAGAGCAGCAUGCGGGAGAGCAUGAGGAGUGAGCGGCAUGGGGCGGGGGACGUGGUGGACGCCACGUGCCACUUCCUGCGCGCGUGCUCAACGCUGCAGCCCCCCCACGCCCUCGACCCGCGCGACCUCGCGUGGGCGCAGCGCCGCCUCUCCCACCUCGCCUCCCUCGCCCACGUGCCCCUGGGCGUGCCGGGGGACACUAUGGGGAACGAGGGGGGUGAUGACGGGGGUGAUGGUGAGGGAGGGGGAGAAGCAGCGGGAGGGGGAGCGGGAGGGGACGGCAUAGCGCGGCGGGUGGGGUGGUGGGAGCGGCUGCCGGUGGCGAGCUGUGCGCGCACGUGGCUGCGCCGCCUGCGCCUGCUGGAGCAGCUCGUGCGUGGGGGGGAGGGGGGGGUGUGGGUCACACGGGCUGUUGAAAAUUCUCACAAGUCACGGACCAACCAUCCCUCUCCCAUCCUCCCAUGCGUCCCCCCCUGCCCCCGCCAGCACGAGGUGCUGGGCUUCAUGGCGCGCGGCACGGGGUUCGCCCUCGCAUGCCACCACCACGAGGUGCUGGGAUUCAUGGCGCGCAGCAGCGGCUUUGCCAUGGCAUGCCACCACGUGGCGGCGCUCACCGACGCCACGCUGCCCGCCCAUUGGUGGACGCACGACGCUGACCUGGCGCUGCUGCUGGGCGUGGCGGCGCACGGGUACGGCGCGUACGAGGCCGUGUAUGGGGAUGCCCACCUGGGGAAGUACAUUCGCAAGCCCCGGGGGGACAGGGGGGAGGGGGGGGAGGGUGGGGAGAAGGGGGAGAAGGGGGAGCAGGAGGGGGGGGCGGGCGAGGGGGAGGGGUGGUUGGACGCGUACACGUUGACGCGGCGGCUGAAGCGCCUCAUCGAGCAUCUCGUGCGCAUCAAGCGAACGGUGCGCUGCCCUCUCUGCCCCUCAGCCGCUGCGCUUUCCCUCCCCCUCUCUGCCUUGCCCACUAGCCCAUCCGCCAGGCCUCUGUCUCUGGCCAAAAAGCCGCAGCCUGCGCCCGCCCUAGUGGGACCUCCCCCCGCCUUCACCCCCGCCCACUUCAAGCGCGCUCUCCCACCCGCCUCCGAUGCCUGGGCUGCCCCCGGUGCCGCCGCCGCUGCUGCUGCCCCUGGUGCUGCUUCCCUAGCUGGUGGUGAUGGCGGGGAAGGAGGGGGAAUUGGGGCAAAAUGGGCCACAAGGGGGAGAGGGAGGUUAGGCAGGGGAAGGGGAGUGGGAAGAGGGGGGAGAGGAGGGCGGGGGGGUGAGGGGCACGGAAUGGGGAAGGGAAGAGGAGGAGGGAGAGGAAGAGGGGGGGAAGCAGGAGGAGCGUAUGAGGAAUACGGGGGGGAUGAGGAGGAGCAGAGGGGAGGGGAGGGGGAACACGGUGAGGAAUAUGGGGAAGAGGGCGAUGAGGGCGUGGGGGAGGAGGAGUGGAACGAGGAUGCCCCUGUAGGGCGCGGUGGGGGGCGUGGGGAGGGCGGGCGAGGCGGUGCGGAGAGAGGGGGGGGGGCAAGGGGGCGGGGAAGGGGGCGCGGCAGGGGACGGGGAGGAGGGAGAGGCGGGGCAGCGGGUGGAGGGGCAGGCGCCGCUGCUGAUGGGAUUGGAGGGGGUGGAAGGGGGAGGGGGAGAGGAGGGCGGGGGCGUGGGGGCGCGAGGGGGGGCGGAAGAGGUGCAGGAGCGGUGGAGAUGGGUGUUGGAGGGGGGGAGAGAGAGGGGAAGGGCGCUAGGGGAGGGGGCGGGGAGGGCAAGGAGAUGGAGUGGGAGGGGCAGGCGGGGGAGGGGGGUGAGGAAGCAGAGGGCGCGCAGGGUGGGCGCGCACGGGCGCAUGGGGCAGGGCGGGGGCACGGACAUGGGCAAGGGCAUGCAGGAGAGGGGCGAGGGGAAGGGAACAAGGCAGCACAGGGGGGGGUGGACGCGGUGUGGAGCCGCAAGGAGAAGCUGGAGUUGCUGCGCCUGCUCAUGCUGUGGGGGCUGCCCGCUGAGCAGCAGCAGGGCAGCAGCAGCAGCGGUAGCAGCAGUGUGAGCUGGCAGCAGCUGCGGGACCACUCGCACGUGCCGUCCGUGCUCGCCAGGUCAGCAGCAUCCGUGGCGGGGUGCUUCGAUGACGUCAUCGCUGAGAUGCAGCGCCGCCUGCAGGGCCUCCCUGCCUCCUCGCCCUCCACCCCCGCCACCGCGCCUGGCGCUGCUGGCUGCGCUGCUUCUAGCUCUGGCUUGGCAGCAGCAGCAGGAGGAGAGGAAGGAGAGGAAGGAGGGGAAGGCGAGGAAGGGGAUGGUGGGGGCGUGGCGGGCAAGAGGACAUUUGCGCUGGGGGAAGGCCACCCUGCCUCCUGCCCGGUAAUGUGA